UCCAUGUUAACAAGCACUUCUGAUUCUUACAAACAGUCCCUUUAAAUGAAGCUUUAAAAGAGAAACUCUUGUAAUAGAUCUGCACUGUUAAACUCCAUCCAGCCAGAGGAAGCCUUCUGCGACCUGGACCCACAUCAAGGUCUACCCAUGGUGCAGCUCUACGUGAUGCCCUCCUUCUUCCUGGCGGUGCUGCUCCUCGGGCUGCCCCUCAACCUGCUCUCCCUCUGGGUCUUCUUCCACCGCCUGCGCCGCUGGACCCGCAGCACCGUGUUCCUCUUCAACCUGACCCUGGCUGACACCUCGUGGCUCCUCGCCCUUCCUUUCCUCAUCAACUACCACCUAAACCAGCUCUACUGGAAGCUGGGCCUGCCGCUCUGCAUGGUCGUGAGGAUGUUCUACCACAACUACUUCUACCUCAGCAUCUUCUUCGUCACCUGCAUCAGCGUGGACCGCUACGUGGCCAUCGUUCACCCUCUGCGUUCUCUGGUGCUGCUAGGGCGCAGACAGACUUGUCUCCUGUGCGUUACUAUCUGGGUGGCCACUCUGGUCCUCAGUAUACCUGUUGCAAGCAUGACUCUGAUCCAGACUUGCCCAGAGAGCAACCGCACUGUCUGCACUCUGUACAUCCUGCUGAGUGACACCACGGAGAGCCUGCCUUUCUCCCUCUUCUGCUCCACCGUGGGCUUCCUCUUCCCGCUGCUCUCCAUCUGCUACUGCGGCCUCCGGAGCGUCACAGAGCUGCGUCACAGGCUCUGCCGCCCGGACCCGCAGCAGAGGCGGCUCCGGACGGUGCUGAGUGCAGCGCUGGUGUUCUUCGCCCUCUUCUACCUGCCAUACCACCUGAGCAGAAACGUGGCCAUCGUGAUGCGGGCGGUGUACCCGGACAGCCCGGCCUCCUGGCGCCAGGCUGACCUGGCCUUCGCCCUGGAGAUGUCCCUCUGCAGCCUCAUCACCUGCGUCAACCCGCUCUUCAGCUGCUUCAUGGGCCGACAGUUCAGGAGGGAGUUUCACGGCGCUUUUUCUGUCUUGUUCUCACAGUGUCCAGUGUACACAAGGGUGGCCUCGAUGAUGAUAUCCAAGAGGACCCGGAUGUCGGUGAGGAAGACGCAGGGGAUGUCUACUGUCACACCUGUGUGCGCGCUGCCUCCACCUGCUGCACCUGCUGGAGGAGCCCAAUGAUGAGCUGGAGACAUGUCAUGUUCUUUGUGUCAAACAUCAUGAAACUGUAUAGAAAAAACAUUUGUAUGUCUUUUGUUU